AGCUGAACCAGAUGAAAUGUCGCCAUGUUUCUGGAUCUUUCGAUCUUCGAGAUGUUAAAGCAAAUCCUGACGGAGCGGAGCUAAUGUUGCUAAUGCUAGCUGCCCACGUUAAGCAGGACCAGACGCUCAGCUGCUGUUUAUAACAGAUUCAGACUGGAAAGAUGUCUAAACUGGAACGUCUGAAUGCCCGUGUGGCCAAACUGCUGACUGAAGCUGUGCAGGAGGUUCUGGUGCUGGUGAAAGAGACGGUGUGUGAGUACCAACAAAGAACCUUCAGAACACAGAGAGAAAACGAAAGUCUGAAACGACAGCUUCAGGAGCUGCAGGUCAGACUCACCAAAGAAAACACAGCUGUUCUCUCUUCGACGGAGCCGUUUCUUGAGAAAACGGAUCAUGUGGAUGAGCCAAACCAGGAUUUGAGCCUCUUUCAGAAUCAUCAUCCAGAUGAAACUUCCACAGAGCCAACACUGAUCACUGAUCUCGCCGUGAAGCAGGAGCAACACAUCGACCACGAAUCAGGAGCUGAGCGCUGCAGAGCAACAAGUGAGGAAGUCCAGGCGUCGUGCUGUGCAACCAGGGAAUCGGACGCUGCGUCGUUCAACAACGUGUGCAGCUCUUACACUGGCGGGAUCCAGCUUCCUGCCAUCAAAACAGAAACGGAACAACAGCAGCUGGCUGGAUGUGUCGACUUGAGCUGCAGCUCUUCAAAAGAUCCCGGUCCACAAGCCGGUGCAGAACGAAACGGACUCGUCUUCGUCGAUUCAAAUCUCGCCCCCGAUGGGAGGCAGGGCGUCGUCAACGGCAACAGGGCCUCCACGGUCAACGGAAGACAAAUCAGUUUGAAUCGUGUCGGCAGAAGCGGCCUCCACCUCUGCAUCGUGUGCGGGAAAACGUUCAGCAGGGUGGCCAACCUGCGGAUCCACCAGCGGUGUCACACAGGGGAGAAACCGUACGGCUGCGUACAGUGUGGGAGGCGCUUCAGCCAGGCGGGAGACCUGAAGAAACACAAGAGGGUCCACACGGGGGAGAAACCGUACUACUGCAGCCAGUGUGGGAAGAGCUUCAGCCGAGGAGAGAACUUGAAGAGACACCAACGGAUUCACAUUGUAGAAACUCUGCAGCUGCAGCAAGCGUGGACAGAGCUGCAGUAGAUGGACUCAGCACCCUUCCUGCAUCUAAUCUUAUAGGUUUUAACAUAUUCGAUCAAGAUUUGUUUGGUUACGUUUACACAGCAGGCAAAUGCGACCCAAAUUUGAUUUCUGUGUCAUAUAUCCAUAUCCAGCUUUUUCGCUGCAGACAGACAGAACGGCCCAAUUCGGAUCUUUUCACCCAAAAAAUAUUCUAUCUGUGCUAUUUCAAUAUGUGGAACUAAUUUAGAUGUCCUAUUGUUAAAAAUCAUGGCAGCGACAAAUGUAAACAGUAACAUGACAUAUAUUCAUAAUUCAGCCAUAGCGCUAGCAUUCAUCAUCGAUUGGCCAACCAGGGGAGACGUCUGCAUGUUGGAGUGACAAGAGCUGUAUACUUGGGAGCGGCUGCGGCGUUUUGGGAAAAUGGUGGUUGGCGAUUUUACAGAAGAGCUGUGGAUUCAACACAUUGGAAUGAUGCAACUUUUUAUGAACUGUGUCUGAAAAAAAAAACAAUGCUACAAAAGUCUCAUUACGGUCGAGUUUAAUCAGUAGUUUGAAGAAUAACACAAAAACAAGUAAAAAUCGGAUUUCAGGAAAAAAACAAAGAAUUAUCGUCAAGACCUGCUUUGUGAACGUAGCUUUAGCGUUUUUUGAAACAAAAUGUCCCACCAUCUUGCUACUCAGUCUAUCCAAUGCCUUCCUUUUUCACAUAUACACGGCUAUGAUGAUCCUUUGUGUACGAAUUGCUGCAUGUGUGAGAUGAUUAAUCUGUUUAAUCGUGAUUAAUCGAUUAUGGAAAUAAUUGUCAACUAAUUUAGUCAUUUUUUAAAUCGUUAAGUAGAGUAUACACACUCAGGAAAAAAAGGUCAUUUGCUGAAAAAAA